UACAGUCUAACAAAUUAUAGAAAACCUCCUCCUGCAUCUGACGAGGGCAAACCUGAAAUUUUCCCAUCGAACAAAAAACAUUACAGUCUAAGAAAUUAUAGAAAACCUCCUCCUGCAUCUGACGAGGGCAAACCUGAAAAUAUCCCAUUGAGAAAUUCAGGUUACCAACGAAAAAAUUAUGGAGGACGUCCUCCUGCAUCUGACGAGGGCAAACCUGACAGUCAACUACUCCAUUAUAGAGACUUGGCUAUUUUCUUCUUCGAGAAGGACAUGCGCCCUGGCGCAACAAUGCAGUUCCAAUUCCCUAGAAAUUCAAACACGGCUACUUUCCUGCCACGUGAAAGUGCUCAAUCGAUCCCCUUCUCCUCUAACAAACUACCAGAAAUUUUCAACCAUUUUUCAGUGAAGCCAACAUCUGUGGAAGCCAAAACAAUUAAGCAAACAAUCGAAGAGUGUGAAGCUCCAGGCCUUAAGGGAGAGGAAAAAUAUUGCGCCACAUCUUUAGAAUCAAUGGUUGAUUUUAGCACUUCGAAGCUUGGAACAAGAAACGUUGAAGCAAUCUCGACGGAGGUAUUGGAAAGAGGAGCCACCAUGUCCAUGCACAACUAUACGACAAUGCCGGGACUGAAGAAGUUGGCAGGUGACAAAGUCGUUGUGUGUCAUAAGGAGAACUAUCCCUAUGCUGUGUUUUUCUGCCAUGCAAUAAAACAAACAGCAGCUUAUGUUCUCUCCCUGAAAGGCGAUGAUGGGGAGAAGGUUAAAGCUGUAACCAUCUGCCAUCUAGACACAUCAGAAUGGAACCCAGAGCAUUUUUCCUUCCAAAUCCUCAACGUUAAGCCCGGAACCGUUCCCAUCUGCCAUUUCAUUUCCACUGAUGCUGUUGCCUGGGUUCCAAAACACAAAUCUGCAUGAUCAUCAUUUAGCACUGUGCGUAUAAUUAUCUCCCUACUUAUUUCUACCUCUUCAUCAUGUGGUGUAAGAUAUAUGAUGAGAUGAAGUUUUUGGGAUUAGUGGUCGGGUUGCCUGAAAAACACAGAUUAUAGAAACUGCUUGAAAUUAACCCGAUCAUGUUUUCUCUUGUAA